GAUCCCAAGACAAUAACCUGCCUCCACACAUUCUGCUGUGAGUGUUUGAAGAAACACGCACUGAUCAGCCAAAGGAAUGGAAAGUUUCUUUGCCCCGAGUGUCAAGCUGAAGUCGAUCUUCCCGAAGCAAACCGUUUUGAAAAACUUCCGACCAGUUUUCAUCAUAGUAGUCUACUCAGUGUUCUCACCAUACGACAGAGCGGCAAAGGAAAUGACAUCAGUUGCGGCAUUUGCAAGAAAAAGAGUGCGGAGAUAAGUUACUGCUUCGAAUGCGCUAAAUUCAUGUGCAGUGACUGUGUAAACGCACAUCAACUGUUUAGUCACUUUACAGAAGGACACAAAGUGACGCCAGUCAAACGGUUCCAAGCUGAAGACUACGAAGCCCUGAUGAAGAGGAAGUCACUUUGCUCUCAGCAGAAUCAUGAGGGAGAAGUUACCAGGUUUUUCUGCCACAAAUGCAAACUUUGUGUUUGCCAAAUUUGCAUCACUACGGAUCACAAGGCACACGAGGGUCAUGAUGUGGAACUGUUGGACAAAGUGGCAGACUGCGAGAAAACUAAUAUCCUGAUGAGAACCGAGAUAUUAAAGGAGAAAAUCAAGGUUUUCAGCGAUGCAAUUUGUAAAUAUGAACAAACAGUAUCUGAGCUGGAAACAAAUAUCGCUAACGCUAAACGUGAGGUUUCCCAAACAGCCGAACAAAUGAUCGCCAAGAUUCGAGAACACGAACGCCAUAUCAUUAGCACACUCGACAACACGCGUGAGUCAAGGGCCGAUAAGCUAAACUCUGCACAAGCACGAGUUCAAUCCUUGCUAAAGCAGUUUAACCAAGCACUCAAGUUUGCUGAAAAUCUGAUUCAAAGAAGCUCCAGCUCAGAUGUAAUGCACAGCAAGAAUGAUCUAGAACAACGAUUUGAACACCUCAACAACACCCCGAUCCCGAAACUUCAGGUGAAUUCAUUUGUGAAGUUUUUCCCUGCAGAAGGGGAAAAUUUGACCCUCGGUUGCUUAACAACAAGUGAACCAGUGGUGAGAGUGAAUAAAGAUUUCCAAGCCGGUGUUGAAACAGAGUUUGAGGUCAAUCCAGGAAUACAUGAACUACAGGUGUGUGAAAUGAAAGUGGUCGUGGAACCCGGUGAUAAAGUAGGAAGUUUGAUAACUUGUGAAAAAGAUGGAAUUUUGCUUGCGAAGUUAACACCUGAAUUUCCUGGUACCUUACAAAUCUCAGUACAGAUUGAUGGUAAGACGGCAGCCAGUCCUUACACUGUCCAUGUGAAACGACGCCUUAUUCACCUUGUGAAAGAGUUGAGAUUGAAAGAAGAAACAUUUCAAAGCCCACACGGGAUUGCUGUGAACAGCGAAGGUCUAAUCGCUGUUGCUGACCAGGAAAAACACCGUAUCCUGAUAAUUGACAUGGAAGGAAACUGUGUAAGAAAAGUAGGCUGUUAUGGAAAGAGUGUUGGACAGCUUAACCGUCCAACUGACGUCACAUAUGUAAAUGAUGAUAACAUUCUUGUGGCGGAUCAAUUAAAUCAUCGCAUUCAACAAUUUAACGUUCAAACAGGGAACUUUGUGAAAAGCUUUGGAAAGAAAGGGACCAGGGAUGGUGAGUUUCAGAACCCUGUCAGUGUUUGUGUAGAUGAUGUAGGGCGUGUUGUUGUAGCUGAUGGCUUGAACAGUACAGUCCAGGUUUUGUCACAGGAUGGUGAACCUUUGUUUAAACUUAAAGACAGUGGACCAGAAAAACUUGACCGUCCUGUUGCAUGUAUUUACCAUCAGAACAAGUACAUUGUCUCUGACUGGGGUAAUGAUUGCGUGAAAGUUUAUAACAAGUCAGGGAAGUGUUUGUACAAGAUAGAGAAUCAAGGCAAGGGUGAUGGACAGUUGUGUGGUCCAUGGGGACUGUGUGUCCAGAAGUGUGGCAAUUAUUACAACCUUAUUGUAUGCAAUGCUGGUAAUGGUCGUGUUGAUCAGUUUACACUGGAAGGGAGUUUCACUGGAAAAACUGUUCAAAAGUUACAGAGACCUGCAGCAAUAACUGCAACAUCAGAUGGAUAUAUUUUUGUGUCAGACUGUAAAGCCAAUAAGAUUCACAUCCUGAAAUAAGCAACAAAAUUGUAACAGAGAUCUCAGUAUGAUAGAAUAUAAAAAUAAAUGGCCGCUGAUCCCAAUCGGUCAGAGGGACUCUCAAUGACAGUGUAGGACAAAUGUUUCUCAGAGGGAGAACUGCGUGACAACAAAUUUCAGUGAAGCAAUUGCAAAGCAUAAGAGGACAAAGUUUACCAAAGUUAGAGGAUAGUGAGUGCACUAUGAGUUAUUAGGCAGAAAAUAAGUCAUACUUUGAAGACAAUUUCAUAAGGCUUGAUGCAUAAUGUAGUUGUGUAAGUUUGUUUCUGAUAUAUAAGGUGAAAGAAGCGCUCUUUCUACUCUUUUUAGAGAGAGUGUCACUGACAUUUUUGUUGCAGUUUCGAAAUCCAAAAGACAAUUCACUCGUCAAAAGCAAAUGAAGCAUAAUUAAAGAAAAGAAAGAAAAACACAACUUUGGCACUAAUUAAUUCACUUAUGUUUUUGGUCAAAGUGCGUGGCCAAAAUUGUUUCAUAAUUACGCAAACGUUUCUCAGUUUAUAUUGUAGACCUAUUUAGGUCUUUUAGGAGUGUCUCAAAGAACCCACGUACACAAAAUCACAAGGCUACGCAAAAUCUGACUUAGGAAAUUUUUCGUAAAAGUCAAGAUCGUAAUAGGCAGUUAUACUUUUUCCGACGUCUGGCAUCAUGACCCACCUCCCCUCUUUUUGAUUUCUAUCGAUAUGGAGGAAAGUAGAACUUUGGUACGUCAAUUUGAUCUACUUUUUAUGCCUCAUAUAGUGCACAAUAAAAAAUUAUUUUACUUGCUUCACCUUGCUUCACUGGUGAUCUAACAGAAUUUUUUCAUGUCACUGGAUCAGAAAGGAACAUUUUUAUUUUAGCUGUUUUGAAAAAUGGAAUAAUCGUCCAGACGUGCUGCCCCUUUAUCGUAAAACCUAUUCACAUCUGAGCUGCCCGUGGGGAUCCACAUCCCUUGAAGCGCUAGCUUGCGAGGAAGCUCUUCAUUCGAGUGGCGAGGGAAGCGAGCCGCGAGAGAACGCGGAGGAGGGCUUGAUUGGAGGCUAUUGUACCGCUUGUUAAGUCAUCAGAUUAAACGGGCAUUGACAACUUGACCAACCUGUGCAAGAAAAGAUCAGAGAUAAUAAACACGACGGGAAUGAACAAGAAGGCCAAACCCUUUUCAAAUUUUUUAGAAAGGACACAAACGCCCACUUCCUAAAAUUCGAAGCUCCUGUAACUUCUUGAUUUUUUUACUUCUUUUAUUUAUACUUACUACCAUAUAUUCACGUAACUAACAUCUUGGUUUUCAAUUUAUGUUCGCGAAAUAAUUGAAUCAAAUUAACCGCUGGCUGACAUUUGAGAGAAAAGAACUGGAGUUCCCAAUGCACUGGUUUUCGGCUCAUUCAGAUGGACUACAAUACUCGUCACAAAUCGUUGAAACAGCAGCCAUUUGUCUUGAAUUUUCUCCAAAUUUCUUACAAUUCACUCUUCACACCUUUGUUCUCACUCAAAUGUGCCCCUCUCCUUCCCUAAUAUUGAGCCGAGCGUAUUUUGGAGCACUAAAAUGACUGCAAACCCAAAUCAACAUUGGGGAGAGGAAAAUCACACAAGUGUUUCAAGAUUUGUGACGGGGAUUGUAAGGGACGGACCAUUAGAAAACUUAUGGGGGGGGGCGAAGUACAAAAAAAAAAAAUUCGCGCAAGGGAAAAUUAAAUGAAAAAAAAUUCUCGCACGCCGAUUAACCCCAAAAAAAUAUUCAUGCUAUGGCUUAAAAAAAAUUCAUACAAGGAAUUUGAUAACGAAAAAAAAUUCCUGCGGCUCGAAAAUUCCCCCCCCCCAUAACUUUUCUAAUGGUCCGUCCCAAAGUCCUCGAGAGCCGGACAACAGCGGUGAAACUCCAGCCGGCGUACACGAUCUGUGCAAAAGUUUAGAAGGAUGGUUUGAAUGGUAGGGCUUGAAUGCAAACUGAUGGCCUGUAAAUCAUUUUGGACAAAUUUGUUUUCAGAUUCGAGGAAGUUUAUGACUGAAGACGCGUCAGGUUCGUUUCUAUUUAAAACUGAAGACGAGAAUUGCUGUUCAUCCGAGCAAAUUGGCGAUGAUGAGGAUCAGGACAGUCUGAGACUCCGACAUCGAAAACCGAUCUUCUAAUUUUUCUCACAUAUAAAAGGCUUUUGGCAGGAACAAUCUAGUUUAGGUUUCUUAUCUACCUAAAAGCUAUCUAUGAACAAAAAAUGAAAGAAGUUGAUUUUCCAACUGUUGCCGCGAAAUUAGGAUUUUCGUCGAUUUUUCCUGACCGUCGCUCGUAAAAAGCAACAGACUGGAUAAUCCAACAAAUAUACAUCCUGAAAUAGGCACCAAAAAAGUAAAAAGAUAACGCGGUAUGGUAAAAGGAAUAAGUAAAUAGCAGCUGAAUACUUUCAAGAAGGAAUUGACUUAAGGCAAUUCCCACAGUAUAUUCAUCUGCAUUGAAGUAACAAAACUGCUUUAUGUGGGGUUUCAAAAUUUAAUACGUCCUAAAUUUGAGCAGACACUACGUUGCCAUUAACAAAGAUUUGGAAAAAUUACUAGCCUACGAGCAAAUCCCCCACCCCCGUACCCCCGAGAGCCCUAGGAGAGCUUGCUGGCAGGCUUAAAAAUUACCACCACACCACAGUGUGGACUGUGUGUCCAGAAAUGUCGCAAUUAUUACAACCUUAUUGUAUGCAAUGCUGGCAAUGGUCGUCUCGAUCAGUUUACACUGGAGGGGUGUUUCACUGGAAAAAAAACUGUUAAUAAGCCACAGAGACCUGCAGGAAUAAUUGCAACAUUAGAUGGACAUAUUUUUGUUUCAGACUGUAAAGGCACUAAGAUUCACAACCCAAAGAAAUAAGCAACAAAACAGAGAUCUCAGUAUGAUAGGAUUUAAAAGUAAAUAACCGCUGAACACAAUCGGUCAGCGAGAGUAUUAAUGACAAUGCCGGACAAAUGUUUGUGUAGAGGGACAGCUGCGUGACAACAAAAUAUUUCAGUGAAGCAAUUGCAAAGGAUAAGACAUUAAAGUUGACCAAAGUUAGUGAAUAAUACGGAGUAAAUUACGAGCUGUAACACAGUAAAUAAUUCCAUUUUCACAAGGCCUGAUAUAUUAAGUAGUUGUGCAAGUUUGUAGAUGAUAUAUUAGAUGCAAGAAACUUUCUUGCUACUGUCGUGAAAAGGACGGUGUCACUAAUAAUUUUGUAACAGUUAUCAAAAAGAUAAUUCACUCGUCAAAGGCAAAUGAAAGUAUGGUUGCAAUAUAAAGAAAAAAAAGAAAAAAAAUGGCUCUGAUUAUAGAUGGUUUUUACAGUGACGUCAUCACAUUGUAAAGUCAAAAUAGUGAGGUUUUACAAAUUCUUAUUUACACUGGGUUGAAGAUAAACAAAACGUAAAUCUUUGUACUAGUGUCCAUUCCAGUAGCAUGUUUCAUUUCGAAAAUACAGCAAUUUGAACUUCCGAGUCUUCACAGUGCAUGACACCAAAAUAGGAAUGCUGUUUUGUUGGAAAAAAUUCGUUCCUCUUUAUCUUCAGCAGUAUAACCAUUUCAAGUAUUAGCGGAUGUGUUUGUGCCCACGUAUACUAGUUCUCAAUUGAAAAGAAAGAACUUUCAUAGAAACUGAAGUGAACUCCAGAUGUUUUUGUUGAUUUCCGGCGGCCAUAUUGGUGCACCAAAACGGAACACCAAUAUGGCGUCUCCAUACAAAGCUCUACAAAGAUGCGCGAAACGUUUCGGAAAAUAACUCAGAAACUGUGGUCCACAAAGACCAGUGAGACUUGAACAAAUCGUUUAUAGAUUAGUCUUUUGUAACAUUUCAUUUUUUUGGCUUCUUCCACUGGACGGUUUCCAAUUUAUUUUUUUCUUGCGUGACAGUGAAAACGAUCUAUUUCACUUUUGUUUUUAGUCAAAGCAAAAGUGAGCCAAAAUUGUUUCAUAAUUACGCAAAAUUUCAUAUCAUUAGUUAGGUCUUUUAGAAGGGUCUCAAAGAAACGGAGAUACACAAUAAUCACAAGACUUUGUGCCUCAUAUAAUACACGAUAAUAACGAGUUUUACUUGCUUCACCUUUGCUUACUGGUGAUCUGAAUAAAUCUUUUUCAUAUUAAUGGUCAGAAAGAAAUAUUUUUAUUUUAGCUGUUUAUGAUUGAAAAAUGGAAUAAUCCUCCAGACGUGCUGCCCCUUUAUCGUUAAUCUUAACCUGUUCACAUCAGAGCCGCCCGUGUGGAUCUACAUCCCUUAUACGGCUAGCUUGAGGGAAAGCUCUCCAUUUCGAGUGGCGAGCGAAGCGAGCCGCGAGAGAACGCGCGAACGAGUGGCGAAGCCGCGAGGGGUGGAGAAAAAGGAGAACUCUCCUUUCUUUCUCCACCCCUCACACUCGAGUCUCCUUUAGCGUGCGGCUCUGGCGUGACUUCUUGCGACUCCCCCAAAAGCAGAGCUUGCUCGCAGGCUAUUGUGCCGCUUGUAAAGUCAUCAGAUUAAACGGUCAUUAACAACUUUUGCACCUAACCUGUGCAAGGGAAAGAGAUAAAAAUGACUCGAAUAAACAUGAAGACCAAACGCUUUUUCAAAUUUUCAGAAAGGACCCAAACGCCCAUCUGCUACAAUUAAAAGCCCCUGAAAAUGACUUCUUGAUUUAUUACAAGAUUUACUUACUUUAAUUACAUUUGCUAUUUAUAUUCACCUAACUAACUUCUGGUUUUCAUUUUAUGUUCGCCAAAUAAUUAAUUGAAUCAAAUUAAUAAUAUAGCUUACAAACUGCUGGUUGACAUUUGACAGAAAAGAACUGGUGUUCCUAAUGCACUAAUUUCCGGCUCAUUGUAAGGACUACGUCCUCGAGAGUCGGAUAACAACGGUGAAACUCCGGCCGGCGUACACAUUCUGUGUAAACGUUUAGAAGUACGGUUUGCAUAGCAGGGUGUUGAAUGAAAACUAAUAGCCUGUUCAUCUUUCUGGACAAACCUGUUUUCAGAAUCACACUGGUUUAUGACUUAAGACGCAUCAGGUUCGUUUCAACCAAGCGAAGCGGCGACGAUGAGGAAGAGAGAAGCGAAUGAUUAGAACAAGAAGACAAUGAUACCGAGUUCAUUUCCUGCUAAAAUGUUUUGAACACCAAGAAUGGGAUUCACCUUUCAAGAGUUUUGGAGAAGAAUAUAAACAUGGUGUGUCAGGACAAACACCCUUCGCUCGAGACAGAGAUUGUGAAAACAAGUCAGGGGACAUAUGCAUCAUGUCAAAAAAAUAAUUUAACAUGUCAUCUGUCGAUGAAUAACUGUUUCCUUGACAAGAAACAGCUUUUUGGCUUCCGGUUUGUUGGAUCUCCGUUUCAUUCUUAUCCUGAUCAGGUAACCAUUUGUUUAGCUCUUCGCGCUCCAGGGACGUGGUGCAAUUAACGACUUCCUCUUCAAGUAACUCUUUCAUUGAUUCUAUACGGCACACAGCCUUCCCUUGCUUUAUUAUUUCUUCUCCACAAAGAGUAGGCUUCCGUUGAUUGUUCUUCGUGAAACUGCCGAGUAAACCAACCAAAAAUUGGCUCCAUUGGUUUUUUCCUCUCAUGUCUUUUUCACGAAUAGACUUUUGAGAGAGCUCAGUGAAAACGGUGUUGCAGUUUCUAAGAAAUUGAGAAUCUGAUAAUUCAAUGUCAAGUACCGGCAUUUGAUUCACGUUUAAUCUUUUUUACGGAUUGUUGUCUUACAGAAUCCUUUUGCGUGAAAAAGCAGUCAACGAUAGUGAAGUCCAAACGUUAUCAGAGUUUUCAGUGUUGUUUCUUUUCGUAUUUUCUUUAAUAUCGUACUUGUUACUGGCCAAUAUUCUAGACACCUCUACCUUAAGUUAAAGUUCAAACGGGUUAGCGAACCUCAUAGCAUCAGCAGGCGCGUUUUCUGCAGUAUAUUUCCACAAUCGAGCUCCAUAUCAGCCAAGAAAGCGUCUAGAUCUUCAGAAGAAGGAAAAUCAGUAAAUUCUGUGUAAUCCUCUUGAACAGAUCCAUAAACGACAUCACUGAAACUAACAGUCUGUGAUAUGACUAUCUCACCGGGCGUCUUCUCUACUGACGUCAUGCAUGAUUUUUGGAAUUGAUGAUUAGCUGAGAUUGUUCUUUCGUUUUAUUUAGAGCAUCCAGUUCCAAGUCAGCUAGAAAUGUACUGAGAUCCUCUGACGAAGGAAAAUCAUCGUACUCUGUCCAUUCACAAGAAGGUUGCUCUUCUUUCUAGAUAUCAAGUUUCUAAGAAUUCAGUCCCGUUGUUUGAGAAGUUAGCUGUGUAAAGCGAGGCGAAUUUGAGUCAUUGCUGCUGGUGUCUUCUUCCUGAGAUAAAACUUGAUCUCUUUGAUCUAAAAUAGAGAAAAGAAAAAUCAUUUGACCAAAUUAUGCUGCAACCAAACUACAUUAAUAUACUAACACUGGAUUUUUAUCGACACUCAAGUACUUAUAACAGGGGUCGAUUUUGCAUGAUUAGAAAGCAAAUCUGUGUUAAAAUCAAAUUCAAAGUCGUAAGUCGCAAGGCUCCAUUCUUCGUUCUUAAUACUGGUAUUAUUUCUUGGGCGAAGGUACCUGGGUCACACCAAAAACAAAAUAAGCACGGAAAAACAAAAUCAGAGUACGUGACCCUUUCUUCAACUUUUGUCGAAUUGGUGACAAUCCCAACAAAAUGGAGCAGCGAACACUAGCAAUAAGAGACCGCUUAAUAAGAGAGAAUGCAUUUAUUAAUUAAAAAAAAAAAACAACCGAUUUAUUAAAUUACAUCGUCAGUUCACAACUGAUAGGCAGCGAUUAAGUUUGAACUCAAAAGUUAAAGUUCUGAUGAAGAAAUUGUGACCCUGUCAGACUGCAUCACAAAAAAAAUAAACAAUUAUUCAGUUAAACGAUGCGGAUCCAAAAUCCAAGAGUUUUCCAUUUGAUACAAAAACUUGCCGUUAUCCUCACACUAUCUUUCAUUCCGAAAACAAAAAAUAAAAAGAAUGAUUGGAAAUUGUGUCAACCUCUGCUCCACAAUCAGGGGGUAAGUUUGGUUGGCUACCUGAAAUAUCAUGAAAAUAUCUUUAUUGUAACACAGACGGAAUGAGAUAGAGAAUAUAAUAUUAAUCCGAAUUCUUUAAAGGCUCAAGCUCAGUUACAAAAUGGACUUUUGGAAUUGAACAGAAGCACUUGUAUUAUGAAUCCAAAGUGAAGAAUAUUUCCUCUGUAAUACAAAUGUAUCCGUCAGUGUGCGCAGUUUCUUUUUUAUUGUCCAAAUAAUUUCAGGCAAGUCACGCUUAAGGACUGUUAAAGCUACUUUGAAACUUCCGCUUUUAGACUAAGGUCAGAGGGUAGAAAGAUUUAAAUUUGGUUGGCUGCCUGGCUGUCUGCAUUGAAAUGCAAAUUGUUUUUGUAAUACUAGUAGUGCUUUAUAUGCUCCAAGUUUCCCGGAAUCACACUGAACAAGAAUAGGGUGUGUUCUGUCGCUGUAAAAGGAAACUCGAAUGAUGGAGUCUUUGUUAAAGAAUCUUAAAGAACAUGUUACUUGCUCAAUCUGUCUGGAUACUUUCACCGAUCCCAAGACAAUAACCUGCCUGCACACAUUCUGCUGUGAGUGUUUGAAGAAACACGCACUGAUCAGCCAACGGAAUGGAAAGUUUUGUUGCCCCGAGUGUCAAGCUGAAGUUGAUCUUCCAGAAGCAAACCGUUUUGACAAAUUACCGACCAGUUUCCAUCAUAAUAGUCUGCUCAGUGUUCUCGCAAUACGACAAAGCGGAAAAGGAAAUGAUAGCAGUUGUGGCGUUUGCAAGAAAAUGAGCGCAGAGAUAAGUUAUUGCUUCGAAUGCACUAAAUUCAUGUGCAGUGACUGUGUAAACGCACAUCAACUGUUUAGUCACUUUACAGAAGGACACAAGGUGACGCCAGUCAAAAAGUUCCAGCCUCAAGACUACGAAGCACUAAUGAGGAGGCAGUCAUUUUGUUCGCAGCAGUAUCACGAGCGAGAAGUAACGAGAUUUUUCUGCCUUAAAUGCCAAAUCUGUGUUUGCCAAAUAUGCAUUGCUACGGAUCAUAAGGCACAUGACGUGGAACUAUUAGAGAAAGCAGCCGACGGCGAGAAAGCCAACAUCCUGACAAGAACCGAGGUACUGAAAACAAAAACAAAGGUUUUUGGCGAUACGAUUCGUGAAUAUGAACAAAGAGUACUUGAACUGGAGACAAAUCUCACUAACGCUAAACGUGAAGUUUCUAAAGCUGCCGAACAAAUGAUCGCCAAGAUUCGAGAAGACGAGCGGCGAAUUAUUACCGCCCUCGAGAACAUCCGCGCGUCAAGAGCAGAUAAGUUAGACUCUGCAAAGGCACAAGUGCAAUCCUUGCUGAAGCAAAUCAACCAAGCAAUCGAGUUUGCUGAAAAUCUGAUUCAAAGAAGCUCCAGCUCAGAUGUAAUGCAAAGCAAGAAUUAUCUAGAACAACGAUUUAAUCAUCUUGAAAACACGUCGAUCCCAGAACUUCCGGUCAAUUCAUUCCUGAAGUUUUAUCAAAUAAAAGAAGAAAAAAAUCUAACUCUCGGUUACAUAGCAACAAGGGAACCAGUAGUAGGACUGACAAAAAAUUUCCAAGCUGGUGUUGAAUCAGAGUUUGAAGUUCACCCUCAAAUACUUGGAGAAGAAGUCUUUGAAGUAAAAGUGCUUGUGGAACCCGCUGAAAAAAUAGGAAGUUUGACAACUUGCGAAAAUCAAGAUGGAGAUUACACCGUGAAGUUUACACCUAAAGUUCCAGGAACUUUCAAUAUGAUAAUAAAGGUAAAUGGUAAGGAGUUUGCAGGAAGUCCUUAUAUUGUCCAAGUAAAACAACGACUCAUUCAGGUUGUGGGAGAGAUAGAAAUAAAAGGAGAAACUUUUGAAAAGCCACUUGGAAUUGCCGUGAACAGCAAAGGACAAAUCGCUGUUAGUGACCGUGGAAGUCACUGUAUCCUAAUAACUGACAAGGAAGGAAACUGUGUAAGAAAAGUGGGUUGUUAUGGAAAGAAUGCUGGACAGCUCAAGAGUCCAUCUGACAUCACGUAUCUAAAUGACGAUAAUAUUCUUGUGGCGGAUGAAUUAAAUAAGCGCAUUCAACAAUUUAAUGUUCAAACAGGGAACUCUGUAAAAAGUUUUGGGAAGAAAGGGACAAAAGAUGGUGAGUUUCAUAAUCCUGUCAGUGUUCGUUUGGAUGAAGAAGGCCGUGUUAUGGUUGCUGAUUAUAAUAACAACAGAAUACAAGUUUUAUCACAGGAUGGUGAACCUUUGUUUCAAUUUGGAAACAGUGGACCAGAAAAACUAAACAAACCCAAGUCGUGUAUUUACCAUGAAAACAAGUUCAUUGUUUCUGACUGGGGUAAUAAUUGCUUGAAAGUGUUUGAUAAUAUUGGAAAGUUUUUGUACAAGAUCGGAGAAAGAGGCGAGGGUGAUGGACAGUUUAGAGGGCCUAACGGACUGUGUCUUCAGAAAUGUGGCAAUCACCAUAAUCUUCUUGUUUGUAGUAGAGCCAAUGGCCGUGUUGAUCAGUUUACAGUGGAUGGCUGUUUCACUGGAAAAACUGUUGUUAAGUUACAAGACCCUAUAAUAAUAACUACAACACCGGAUGGACUUAUUUUAGUUACAGACUAUGAGACCAAAAAAAUUCACAUUCUAAAAUAA